AUGCAUCUCAAAACCAUUCAAGCCGACGUGUACAUCCCAGGUCUAGUCUCCAUAGAAAAUUUAUCCCGAUUGCUGAAUGUCCGGCUAGAUCGCCUCCAACACAAAAUGUCGCAGGUCGGCAUGAAAGAACAAUCUUCGUAUGAUCACAUGUUGACUGCGGAGUAUGCUUCACUUAUUGCGUUGGAGUUCAACCGAAACCCAGUGGUCAACGAUGAAGCUGCAUUUGACAUAUAUCCACCUCCACCGACAGUCAGCCGUGAAAGCUUGCCAUCUCGGCCUCCGGUGGUGACUAUCAUGGGUCACGUCGAUCAUGGGAAGACAACUCUACUUGACACCCUUCGCUCUGCGUCAGUAGCGAAAGGCGAAGCGGGUGGUAUUACACAACAUAUCGGUGCUUUCUCUGUGCCUGUUCCUAACCCAGGAGGAGAGAAACGUACUAUCACCUUCUUGGACACCCCAGGACACGCUGCCUUUUCUGCCAUGCGUGCCCGCGGUGCAUCAGUAACUGACAUUGUCGUUCUUGUUGUCGCUGCAGAUGACGGCAUCAUGCCCCAGACACGGGAAGUUCUCAAGCUCGUGAACAGGGAGUCUAAUAAUGUUGGGUUGGUCGUCGCUAUCAACAAGAUCGACAAACCAGGUGCUGAUGUCAGCAAGGUCGAAACCGCGUUGCUUGCGGAAGGCGUCCAGCUUGAAACCUUUGACGGAGAUGUACCGGUCGUCCAUGUGUCCGGACUCACAGGCCAAGGCCUUCCCACUCUUAUUGAGACAAUAUCGCUCGUGGCGGAAAUGCAAGAUCUCCGUGCUGAGCAGACAGGGCCUAUACACGGCUACGUCCUUGAAUCGAAGGUGGAUAAGGGUCUGGGCCCGGUUGCGACCGUGCUUCUCUUACGGGGCCAACUGACCCCAGGGACAAGCAUCAUUUGUGGGCUUGCGCACGGCAAAGUCCGACUACUCAAAUCGUCUUCCGGUCAGUCGUUCAAGGCUGUUAUGCCAGGCACCGCGGCCUUGGUUUCUGGCUGGAAGGAGCUCCCAAAAGCUGGCGACGAGGUUCUACUAGGUACCGAGAGCGAGAUCAAGAAGGCUCUCGCCAAUCGUCGACGCAAAGCAGACCUCGAAGCCACGAUCCAGGACGCGGAAGCGAUCAACGAGAGCCGUCGUGCCGAGCGUGAGCUACAGCAGCUGGAAGCUCAAGGCGAAUUAGUCAGCCAGCAAAUGAACGGAGAGGACGAGAAGAAGGAGCUCAGGCUCGUUGUCAAGGGAGAUGUCAGCGGUACUGUAGAGGCCGUCUGUGGUGCGGUGUCCGGUAUCGGAAAUCACCUGGCUGGCGCGAAGAUUGUCGCCCAAGGCGUCGGAGAGGUCUCAGAGUCCGACGUAAUGAGGGCGAAGGCCGCUGAAGGCAUAAUUCUCGCAUUCUCGGUGAAUACCCCUCGUUCUGUGAAGGCUAUAGCUUCUAGCCAGGGCGUAAAAAUCAUCGAGUCCAACGUCAUCUAUGCGCUCAUGGAUGAGGUCAAGAAGAACGUAAUCGAGCUGCUCCCGACUGUGACUGAAAAGCGGGUCACGGGCGAGGCUAACGUGCUCCAGAUCUUUGAGAUUCAGCUCAAGGCAAAGCAGACCAUGAAAGUCGCUGGAUGCCGUGUCGUUAACGGUAUCGUCGAGAAGAACAAGAAAGCACGAGUGGUCCGCAACGGUGAAAAUGUCUUCGAAGGCAACCUCGAGACACUGAAGCACCUCAAGAGGGACAUUAUGGAGGCUGGCAAAGGAUUGGAGUGCGGAAUGGCAUUCGAGGGCUGGGAUGAUCUCCGCGAAGGCGAUCUCAUUCAGAUGUACCAGGAAAUUGUGAAGCCUGGACAGCUGUAG